AUGCUGACAGUCAUCGACAUCCUCUUCACGAAGGCUGAGGCUACUUGCCUCAGUAGUCAACAGGCCAUGUCGUCCCCGAUUAACACAGGAGGUGACGACCUGACGGAGGCUCACUCACUGGUUUCCUCGCAUCCAUCAGAGGAAGUCAGGCUUGUGAAACACACUACCACGUUGGCUCACUUCCUACCGCGUAUUGACCAUGUCUUUGAUGCAUUGCCUACCGUCGAGUGCGGCCUCGCGGCGCUCGACGAAGAAGUCACACAGGAGGAGUGGUGGAGCAUGCUGGCCGAACUCACAAAUCUCCCCGAUGGAGCAGGGAAUGUAUUUGCAGCCGCCGUUCAUCCUACGAACCGAGAUAUGCAAGGCAAAAGACCUGAGAUUACGACGAGCAGCGUCGAAGUCGGAACGUGCAAUACCUCACCUACUGCGUCUGACGACCUCCUCCCCACCACACCGACUGAUGACGACGGCUCGUCCACCGUUGUCCCCGGAGAGGCGGGCGGCGAAAACUCAUACGUCCUUCGCAGGACCAAGGGUGACGUCGGUCGGAACAGGUCGCCCCCUGACGCCCAGGGCUCUCCAAGACUUCACCCUGGAUUUCAUCAACGAGGCCACGGAGAGGUCGAGGAUCCCAGGCAACAGCUCGACACCUCCGCUGUCGAGGCACUACAUGGGGUACACUAG